AGGGAAAACACAUAUUGCUAAGAACUUUAUAAACAGUUUGGGAGUUGGGAGAUUGGACCUACUUGGCUGCAGCUACCUCAGCAGGAAUUUAUAGCAAAGAAGGAGACACUGUCUUCAAACAAAUAGCCAUCAUGACCCACCAGUUUCCUGCGCUGACUCCGGAGCAGAAGAAGGCCCUGUCUGACAUAGCUCAGCGGAUUGUGGCUCCAGGGAAGGGGAUCUUGGCUGCAGAUGAGUCUGUGGGUACUAUGGGGAACAGACUGCAGAGGAUCAAGGUGGAGAACACAGAGGAAAAUCGCCGCGCCUUCCGAGAGAUCCUCUUCUCUUCGGAUGCCUCCAUCAAUCAGAGCAUUGGGGGCGUGAUCUUUUUCCAUGAGACCCUCUAUCAGAAGGACAGCAGUGGAAAGCCAUUCCCAGAGGUCAUCAAAGACAAAGGCAUUGUGGUGGGAAUAAAGCUAGAUAAAGGAACAGCCCCGCUGGCAGGAACAAAUGGAGAAAUCACCAUUCAAGGGCUGGAUGGACUCGCUGAGCGCUGCGCCCAGUAUAAGAAGGAUGGUGCUGAUUUUGGCAAGUGGCGUGCUGUGCUGAAGAUCACAGACACAACUCCCUCCACUCUAGCCAUCCAGGAGAAUGCCAACACGCUGGCACGCUAUGCCAGCAUCUGCCAGCAGCAUGGGUUGGUGCCCAUUGUAGAACCGGAGGUGCUACCCGAUGGAGACCAUGACCUCCAGCGCUGUCAGUAUGUUACAGAGAAGGUCCUGGCUGCUGUCUACAAAGCCCUGAAUGAUCAUCAUGUCUACUUGGAAGGAACACUACUCAAACCCAAUAUGGUGACUGCUGGGCAUUCCUGCCCCAAGAAGUACACCCCUGAGGAGGUAGCCAUGGCAACAGUCACUGCCCUCCAUCGCACUGUUCCUGCUGCUGUUCCUGGAAUCUGCUUCCUGUCUGGAGGCCAAAGUGAAGAAGAAGCUUCUCUCAACCUCAGUGCCAUCAACCAGUGCCCUUUGCCCAAACCCUGGAAGCUGACCUUCUCAUAUGGACGGGCUCUGCAGGCAUCAGCACUUGCUGCAUGGGUUGGCAAACCUGAGAACAAGAAGGCUACGCAGGAGGCAUUUUGCAAACGGGCACAGAUUAAUGGGUUAGCAUCCAAAGGACAAUAUAUUGUCUCUGGAAAGAGUGAUGCAGCUGCGAAACAGUCCCUUUUCACUGCCAGCUACACGUACUAGGGUGUGGGAAUACACCACCACCCUGUCCCUCUAGGGGGACCGAAAAAGGAAAAAUCCUAAUCCCAUAAAGGAAACUG